GGAAUUCCUGUAAAUAGCUCUCUUUUCAAAUGGAGUAGCGUUUAUGCGGGCAGUGUGUUUUUCGUCUGGUUUUUGGGAUACAUGACCAAAGUGUGGAGGAAUGGGACGAAAUCAAGAAAGCUUGAUUGGGAUGAUGAGAUCGUUCUCAUUACUGGAGGCGCUCGCGGAAUAGGGUUGUUGCUUGCUGAGACGUUAUCGAUCAGGAACGUGACGAUCGUAGUGCUGGACAUACGAAAACCAGAGAUAGAUCAUCCCAAUAUUGUCUUCUUUGAAUGUGACGUAUCCAAGUACGACCAGGUGCAGAGAAUAGCCAAGGAAAUUAUUGCCGAAGUCGGUCACCCUACGAUAAUCGUCAAUAAUGCUGGUGUAGUAAAGGGAAAGACCAUCUUAGACGAAUCAGAAGAAGAAAUAUUAAGCACAAUCAGUGUCAAUCUUCUUGCUCCGUUUUGGAUAACCAAGACAUUCCUGCCCGAAAUGAUUACGAGAAAUCAUGGACAUAUCGUGAAUAUAUCGUCGGCAUUAGGAUUUGCUGCAGUAGCGCAAACGGCCGAUUAUUGCGCCACCAAGUCGGGAAUCGUAGCUUUUCAUGAGGCAUUAAGACAUGAGAUUAACACACGCUACAACGCGGGUAAUAUCCGAUGCACGCUUGUUUGUCCUGGACACGUAGAGACUGGCAUGUUCGACGGAGUGUCUUAUAAAUACCCGUUCAUCACUCCAACAAUUGCUCCAAUUGAAGUAGUAAAAAAGAUUGUAACCGCAUUAGACAAGAAUGAGACAUCGGAUAUUUUGACUCCGUAUUACGUCCAUCUGUUGCCAAUGCUUAGAGCACUUCCCGGAUUCAUGCACGAUUGGGUUUAUACA